ACCCAAGCAUAAGCCAAAAAGAGACAUCACAUGUAAAUGUUACCAACUGACGGGUCAAUGAAGGGGAUAAACCUAAACUCUUUGGAUUCAUCCAACUAAGUUAUUAAUCAAGUUUUCUAACCACCUAAAUAAACACAUAAAAAACACUCAAUAAGUUGAAGCUAACCAGUUCAUAAGUAAGAAACCGACCUUAACGCAUUUUAGGGUGAAAUGGAGGAGUUCUUGUGAGCACUUCGAAGUUAAACGUACUCGUUGUACAUCACUGCAAGGAUGGAUGACAUUAUGAGAAGUCACCUAUGCACCCCAAGCUAAAAUCGGUGAGGUUUUAGACCUAAAACAUACAAUAUCUUGGUCGAAAAAAGGUUCAGAAUGUUACAGUUUCAUUGAAAUAAAAAACCCUCUAAACUAAAGCUCACCCUGCCCUAUAAGAACUAAAAAAAAAUUCUCGAUGCCCCCAAAACAAAAUAAGAAUGAGGAGACGAACGAACCUGAAACGGAUUCCUUCGCCAGUCCGCCAUGCACUAGUAAUUUUCAUUUUUGUGUUUUGAUGAAAAAAUAUUUACAAACUUGCUCAAUAGUUUACCCUCGAGAUUUUGAAAGCUAUGAGAUGCAUUUUUUGAAGAAUGACUAUGAUAUUAUGUUUGUCUCGAUGCCAAAUCAGGGUCACCACUAUAAACUCUGUCUGUUUCCAGACGUAACGUGCUUGUCCUGGAAAAAUCCCAAAAUACAAGGGUUGGGAAAUUCCCACAAUACAACACUUUGCAAAAAAUUUCCCAAAAUACUACAGUGUGGAGUUGUUUGCUCUAGUGUCAAGCGAACUAGGAAAUGGUUCGGGUGACACUAGAGAGGUCCACAUUCGAAGGACCCUAGUUGCGGCUGAGACAAACGAGUUGCCAUAAAAUCACUAUGGUUCGCGACUGACACCAACCAAACCACACUGGAUCGUUGACGACCCCUACGAUCAACUUCAAUCUAGGUGAAAACGUCUAACAAUCAUAACUUUGCUCUCAGUUGUUUAAUCAUAACAAUUUUUUAUUUCACAUAAUUUUUCAAGAUCUACAAUUUUGAUUAGGAAGAAAUAUCCAAAGAUGAUUUUUUUGGUUUGAAAGGGUUUUGAGAAUGACUUUAGAUUUAGUUUUCACAUUUGCUCAUACUAUAAAAAAAUAAUUCUAUAAUUUUUUUUGUAGUCCUUCAAAUUUAAGCAAAAGAAAAUAAUUGAAAUGAUCAUAUUUCGGUUUAAAAAAAAAAUCAGAUUGAGUAGCACAAAGUUAUGAUCUUCCAAAGUUUGACAAACUUGAAAAAUGACAUGUUUGGGGUAGAGUGAUAAGAUAUAGAGUGAGAAUGACGAGUUUGGAGGGGUUCUGGGUGAUUUCUUCCUCAUCCUAAACCCAAAACCUUUUAAGAUUCAAGAAGGGUGCCCAAAGCAAGAAGGAUCUGACCAUGAAUCGUUGCCCUUCUUCCCAUUUAUACACUUUUUCUCUCUCUAUCUUUUAGCUUCUCUUGUUGUUUAGGAAGAUGAAUUCUAGCUUAUAGAUUGUUUAUGAGUUUGUAUGCAUGACAUAUUUGUGUUUAAUCAGUGUUAUUAAUGCUUCUAUGAAUGGUUUGGAUACAUGAGAUGGUAUAUUGUAUGAAUUAGCUCUAGGUUCAACCAUGCAGAUGUAUGUUGAAUUUACCGUACCUUGAUUAGAUUAUCUAGAGGCCUCGUUAGAGGAAAAGGUGACCAUCCCCCUCUAACUAGGAGCUCGCCUGAUUGUGCAUGUUAGAUGAGUGCCAUGACCAAUGACUCAUCUGACUUGUUUGCGUACGUGUAGAAUCCAUUUAUAGUGCAUAUAACCAUCUCUAGUUAGGAACACUGGCUAAGGUGACAAUGAUCAGUGGAUGUGGCUAGGAGGGGGGUGGGGGGUUCAGGUGAGAUAACCACUGCACUGACUCCAGCGUAGUAACCUUCCCACCUCGAAUUUCCAUUGCAUAAAACCUUUGUCAACCUAUAGUUAGAGGAAUUCAACCUAAACAAUAUUCUAUCUAUUGUGAUCUUCCUCUUAGCUUUGUUCUUCUUGGUUUGGUCAGUUAGGUCACACUUAAACUCCAACCAUCUUGUUUGGCCAAAUAGUAGACUGAGACCAAAAGUAGUAGUACAUCUAGAGUUCUCGAGAAAUACAACUUUGUUCACCACUAUACUACUUCGUUAAUCUAGAGUGCAUUUGUUCUAAAUUGGGGGUGGUUAGCAUAGUCGACGUAUGAAGCUAUAAACUAUAAAGCUCAAUGCCGACGCAUCGCCAUGGGUAUGGGUAUGAGGCGGGGCGGAUAAAACCAUACCUGCCUCAUAUCCAUCAAACAUUUUGAGGGUUUUACCCAUACCCGCCCCAUACCCAGUCAAUGUGGAGAUUCUCUGCGUUGACUGGGUCGGGGCAGUCGAGUAUUCUCGAUCAUGGGUUUGAUUGUCAUUCCCUACAUUGACUGAGUCGGGGGCAGUCGAGUACCCGCGGUCAUGGGUUUGAUUGGCAUCCCUACUUCCACUUGAUGAUUGUAAUUGUUUGAGAGGCGUUUAAGAUUUUCUUAAGAUGUCCGAGCUUAAUAGAAUUUUGAUUUAAUCAUAAAAUAUAUUUAAAAAGUAAACUGAUGAAUGGAACAAGUUGAAUGGAAGUAUGGAACUUAAAUUUGGACCAAUUUUGAUUUUGUUGAUCUUGUCUCACCUCCACUUUCCAAACUGACUCAAUAAGCAAUUCAAUUGGAUUUUGGAACCAGCUCACUCUGCCCUAAUCGCAAUGGCAGCGAAACAACGAAGCCCGCCAAACCUUACAACAGCUGGUGCCAAGUUUUGUAACUGCCAAACCCCGUUAAGCAACUAUAACAUAUGACAACCCAAACAACCCUUCCCCAAAUCUUGUAAAAACUUCAACAACUGGUCUCGUUACUUUCCUUUCUCCUUCGUACGCUAAGAUCCACCGGCCUCCAUUGCAUCCUCCGCCAUUCCCUAGCCGGAUCUCUGACCAGGUAUUCACACCUUCCUACUCUGCCCCUUUUCCUCCAUCCGCUUAUCCAUACCUCGCAUACCCAUAUUCCAAUUUUUCGAUUGUGUUCAAGUCGAGGGCUUCUUUCCCCUCCGAGGUUUUGGACCCAGUAGAAAGAGAUAACUGAGCAAGAUUAUAGCUUUGAUUCGAUUUUUGAUUUGGGAGACGAUUCCUUUUGAAAUUGGGAGUUUUCUUGUUCGAGCUGAUGGCUGCUUUGUCUUUAACUUGGGUUGUGAAUUAAAUUGUUGGUUCAAGGCUAUGAAGGAAAAAUCUCUGGUUUUGGGGGAAGCUUGACUUGGUGUGGUUUCUUCUUGACCUUUCUAGUUUUGCUUGGGGUGGAGAUCAUGAAUCACGAAGGUGGGUAUAUGGUUGAAGUUACGGGGCUUACUCCCAAAGCCACGGAGAAGGAUGUUCAUGAUUUUUUUGCCUUCUCCGGCGCUAUUCAGCAUGUUGAAAUCGUCAGGUCUGGUGAUUACGCAUGUACUGCUUAUGUGACAUUCAAAGAUGCAUAUGCCCAGGAGACUGCUGUCCUGCUCAGUGGUGCCACCAUCUUGGAUGAACGAGUGUGCAUAACACGCUGGGGACACUACGAAGAUGAAUUCGAUUUUUGGAACAAACCUUCAACAACAACGGCUAAUGAAAGUGAAUCGACUCAGCAACACCAGCAAACAGGGCAAUUCACCAGCGAUGCAGGACAAGCAGUGACAAAGGCCCAGGAAGUGGUGAAAGAAAUGCUAGCAAUGGGAUACGUUCUGGGGAAAGAUGCACUUGGCAAAGCGAAAGAAUUCGACGAGUCCCAUCAAGUUUCAGCGACUGCAACAGCAAAGGUGGCCGAGUUCACUGAGAGAAUCGGCCUAGCUGACAAGCUCUUUGCCGGAAUGGAAGCUGUCAAAGCCGUGGACGACAAGUACCAUGUCACAGAGACAACCAAAUCAGCAGUAUCUGCCACGGCUAGAACAGCAGCAUCAGCAGCAAACACCGUGAUCAGCAGUAGCUACUUCUCGAAGGGCGCUCUGUGGGUCUCGGGAGCUCUGAAUCGGGCUGCUGAUUACGCUUCUGAUUUGGGUAGCCGGGCUGCCCAGCAUUGAGCCCUAUUCAGUCCCAGUUGGUCAACCUCUAGAACUCAGAAGCUUAUGUUGGUGGCUGAAUUGAAGAACUCUUUGUAUAGAAACUCGUACUGCCUGGCGCCUGCUUAGCCGUCCGGUAACAAAAGGGUUACGUAGAAACAUUUGUUGACGACUGAUGAGUAUGACAGAGUUACUAAUAAUUCCGUCUGUGGAAGGUGGGAAAUUGACUAUCAAACACGUGAUAUAAAAGAUCGAAAGGGCA